UUGUCAGGAAUUUCAGUUAGGUUAGCUUAUGGUAGUCUGGCUAAUGCAUUAGUGAGUGGCCGUAUAUCAAAUGGUGGUACAGUACGACCACUAGUUGCACUUCUUGAUGGUCGAGAUUGUACUGUUGAGAUGCCAAUUCUGAAGGAUAUCGCCACAGUGGCAUUCUGUGACGCUCAAUCUACUCAAGAAAUCCAUGAAAAGGUGCUUAACGAAGCGGUUGCUGCUCUGAUGUGGCAUUCGAUUACGUUGGAACGCGAAGAUUUGGAAAAAUUUAAAGCAUUGCGAGUAGUUGUACGGAUUGGAACGGGUACUGAUAAUAUUGAUGUAAAAGCAGCAACAGAUCUUGGAAUUGCUGUUUGUAACACUCCUGGUGAUUGUGUUGAAGAAGUUGCGGAUACCACAAUUUCACUAAUUCUGAAUAUGUAUAGGAAAACAUUUUGGUUGGCAAAAGCGAUUUCUGAUGGAAAGAAGGUUAAUGGUGUUGAACAGCUUCGGGAGUUGGCUAGUGGUAGUACUCGUAUUCGAGAUGAUACUUUAGGCAUCAUUGGCCUUGGUCGCGUUGGUAUUGCAGUAGCAUUACGUGCUAAAGCAUUUGGUUUUAAAAUAUGUUUUUUUGACCCUCAUUUACCGGAAGGCAUUGACAGGUCAUUGGGCAUUGAACGCUGUUAUAAUCUUGACGACAUAUUAUUCAAGUCUGACUGUCUCACUCUACAUUGUCCGCUGACGGAUGAAACAAGACACAUGAUCAACGAUGUGACUAUCAAACAAAUGCGAUCCGGUGCAUUCAUUGUGAAUACUUCAAGAGGUGGACUUAUACAGGAAAGUGCUUUAAGUGAAGCUUUGAAAUCAGGUCACAUAAAAGCCGCAGCACUUGAUGUACAUGAACAUGAGCCUUUCGAUCCACUUUCUAUGGGACUUUUGGCCGCUUCGCCAAAUGUCAUCCAUACUCCACAUUGCUCCUGGUAUUCGGAUACUUCUUGCAAGGAGUUACGUAUAUCAGCUGCUCGAGAGGUGCGGCGAGCUAUCGUUGGUAGGUGUCCACAUGAUCUCAGUAACUGUGUGAAUAAAGAAGCCAUUCUUGCUGGACAAGCUCGAAGGCCGACGUCAUCUGCAUCUGCAACUCCGAGUGUAUCAGGCUCAUUCAAUCCGUUGAUGUCAUCCUUCGGAACAUCGAUCGCAGAUGGUUUCAAUGGCUUACCUGUUGGUGGGAAUUUGUCAUCCUUCCCAUAUUCUAAUCCUUUGCUGGCCAUGGGAAAUCCAUUACUGAAUCCGUUAAUGAUCAAUCCUAGCACAGCUGCAUUGGCAAGCUUUGCAAAUGCCGCAGCUGGCACUCCUCAUACUGGACCAGCUUCUGCUCUUUCAUCUCUCUCUGGUACAUCGUCCACUAUGACCACAAAUACUGUGCCUGUUGCCAGGCAAUCACCUGCUGUUCAGGUUUCUCAUUCUCCAAAAACCAAUAGUAACAGUCGUGCUACAGUUUCACCGGCUGUACGAUCGGCUUCUUCACCUGAUGGUCCAUCUGAAGUGAAAAAUGGAACUCCACCUACACCACAAAUCAUUGCGCAGCCUCAUUUGUGCUCGACCUCAUCGGUAGCCCCAUCUACCUGCAAAAGCCCAGGACCCACAAAUUUACCAAAGGUGCCAGCUAUAUCAAUUGAUUCACUGGCAUCAGUUGCUUCGGAAGAAUCUACUGCUACUGCUGUUGAGGCUGAAUGAGU